CUGCUUUGUAUCAUCAGACCGAUGACUCUCAAAUGCGUGUUUUUUCUAUGAGGAAUAGAAAGAACACGCAAUAAAAUGGCAACCCUUUUGGAAAUGGAAGAUAUAAUCAAAAUUGUAUUUAGACUUCGAACACAGUUUUUUGAGUUGAUUCACACAAAAAUAUUUACAAUAACUGAUGCAUAUUGUGUUUCUUGAAAUUGAGAUGUAUUUUGAAGACUAAUUUACAGAAAUCCGUAAUUUAGCCUUUUGAUUAUUGUUUUUCGUCACUGUCAUUUCCCGGAUAUCUAAAUAUACAGGAGCUAUUUUAAGCCCCAAAGCAAGUACCCUUUUGAAUAUUAUGUGAACAAAAUAUCCGGUUUUCAAAUUGAGAAGCAGGGACAUUUCAAGGGUCCUUGUAUCCGCAGAAAAACAAGGCUAUUUUGAUUUCGUAAUCCAAAUUCAGUAACAUUUACGGUACACUAUAUUGUGAGCCAUAAUAAUUUGUAGUUUGUUUAGUAACCCGACGGAAAUAUCCUUAGUGACUGUUUGUGUAACAACACAAUUUCUUUAGGUGAUGUCUACUGACAUUGAGUAAUAUCUGAUUUGAGUCCUUUUAAUUCCUCAAGGUUCAUAAAAAAGUGGAUUUACCUGAGACAUACAGCCCAGUCAACCAGCUGUGGGUUAGAAACGAACCACUAGGUGGAGUAUUUGUAACAUAUUUCAGCAUACCAUGUCAUACCAUUAUGAUUUCAAAUCUUUAGAUUACAUCACAUGUCAUUUAGCAAUAACAAUUACAAUAAGUGCAUUUAUGCCCUAAGGAUACAAACUCAGAAAAAAAACAAAAACAAAGACAUUGCACGUUAAGAAGUGUUCUGAUCUGAAUUACAUUUAUACACAUCAACAUUUCGAUACAUUAAAUUAAUAAUUGAAUUAUGCAAGAUUUCUUUUCUUAAUAUUUUGUGUGCUAUUCUAGGUGUUUCGUGUUGCAUAGUAUUUUUAUUGUUAUUGGCUCAAGCAUCGUUCGUUGCCUAGGAGACCGGAAGUCGCUCUUGUGAACGGACAUCGCCCGCACCAUCUCUCCAUCACCGUGAUAUCUCUAUCAUCAAUAAAUGCCCUCUUUGGUUGGUAUACCUUAUCCAAUUAAAUGUAAAUACUAAUAGGAAUCAUACGAAUCAUUAUUUGGUUAACAAACCAUUAUUUAAAAAGGGUUUAGAAGAAUGUUAACUAGCUAACUAACUAAUGUUAAAGUUAGCUUAUACCAUUGUAGUACAGUUAGCAGACUUGCUAACAUUAGUUGUUUACCAAUCCGCUAAAUUGGUAAAAGAUGUAUGAUAACGUUUUGAGACACUGUGAUGAAAUUAUUGGACUGUAUAAAAGUUUGUAAAGUUUUGUUCAAUGUUUCUCAACAACCAAACACAUUUUUGUAAAAACAGAGAGAUAAACGUUUGAUUUCAAGAUCUGUAUGCAGGGUGUUGAGCUGUAGAUUUCAGGUAAAGUAUUAAAAACAGCAACCCCAAUGUGAGUUGAUUGGAAAAGAAAGGCAUUUGGGAUUAUUAUCUUUAGCCACAACAUGGUUAUGUGGCCAAAAGCAUCUUCCAAAUGGCAGUUGAGUUGUUUUGAAUGACAUCCAAACACCUCAAAACCACUGGCACUGUGAUCAGUGCUAGACAAUGCCAGUGAAGCCCUCUGAUUCAGAAUCAAAUUCUUGAAUGUAGUUUAGGUUCACAACUUCAUCACACCUUAAAAAAAAAAGACUCAUCAUGUGUCCUAAGUGAACCUGAUAAACGUUUCUCCGGGUUCUCCUGCGAGGACUCUUUCUUAAUCACAUGUCAACUUUAAUCCACUUCCCCUCGCAGGGGAUCGACCUUUUGCCCGCCGACGAGGCUUAGCUAACUUAUCCAUACUCCCUCGCCAGGUAAACUUCCACCUCCCUUCAUCACCUCUCAGAGAGAAAGGCCCCUCGGCCUGUCUGUGGACGAUGAACCGCUACACCACGCUGAAGCAGCUGGGGGACGGCACGUACGGCAGCGUGCUCCUGGGAAAGAGCAACGACACUGGGGAGCUGGUGGCUAUAAAGAGGAUGAAGAGAAAGUUUUAUUCAUGGAAUGAGUGUUUGAAUCUAAGUGAAGUGAAGUCCCUGAAGAAGCUGAACCAUACCAAUGUGGUGAAACUAAGGGAAGUCAUCAGAGAAAACACCGAUCUCUACUUAGUCUUUGAGCACAUGAAAGAAGACCUCUAUCAGCUCAUGAAAGAAAGAGACAAGUUGUUCCCUGAGCCAGUCAUCAGAAACGUCACAUUUCAGAUAUUACAGGGACUGUCCUUUAUUCAUAAACGUGGGUAUUUUCACCGCGACAUGAAACCGGAGAACUUGCUCUGCAUGGGCCCAGUGCUGGUUAAGAUUGCGGAUUUUGGACUAGCAAGAGAAAUCCGCUCGCAGCCUCCUUUCACUGAUUAUGUGUCCACAAGAUGGUACCGAGCCCCAGAGCUUCUACUAAAGUCAACAUCCUACAGCUCCCCCGUUGACAUCUGGGCCGUGGGAUGCAUCAUGGCGGAACUCCACACCCUCGUGCCCCUGUUUCCUGGCGACAGUGAGGUGGACGAGAUCUUCAAGAUCUGCCAGGUGCUGGGAACGCCGAAGAAGUCAGUCUGGCCCGAGGGACACAACCUCGCCGCCUCGAUGAGCUUCCGUUUCCCAAAGUUUGUCGCCGCCAGCCUCAGAUCUCUGAUCCCCAACGCCAGCCACGAGGCAAUCGCACUGAUGGAAGACAUGCUGCAGUGGGAUCCGAAAAAAGCAUCUUGA